UGCAAUGUACACUAUAUUGUCAAAAGUAUUGUCACACCACUCCAAAUCAUUCAGCGAUUCAGGUGUUCCAAUCACCUCCAUGGCCACAAGUGUAUAAAAUCAAGCACCUAGGCAUGCAGACUGCUUCUACAAACAUUUGUGAAAGAAUGGGUCGCUCUCAGGAGCUCAGUGAAUUCAAGAGUGGUACUGUGAUAGGUUGCCACCUGUGCAAUAAGUCCAUCCAUGAAAUUUCCUGGUUACUAAAUAUUCCAUGAUCAACUGUUAGUGGUAUUAUAACAAAGUGGAAGCAACUGGGAACAACACGAAGUGGUAGGCCACGUGAAAUGACAGAGCGGAGUCAGCGCACGCUGAAGCACACAGUGUGCAGAAGUUGCCAACUGUCUGCAAAGUCAAUAGCUAAAGACCUCCAAACUUGGUGUGACCUUCAAAUUAGCACAACACUGCAUAGAGAGCGUCAUGGAAUGGAUUUCCAUGGCCGAGCAGCUGCACGCCUUAAAUCACCAAGUGCAAUGCAAGGCAUCAGAUGCAGUGGUGUUAAACCAAUGGACUCU